AAGAAAGUAAUAGUUGUGUCGAGCCGACAUAACAUGUCCACUUGCGUCCUCUCCAUUCACAGUCAUUGUGCCACUCACGUCUUGCGUUGAGAGAUUCUAUCGGGGAGUAAGUAGUUGGCAGAGUGGUGCAGCCUCCUUCACCACUGACACCAGCAGCCGCUGUUUCUGCACACCCAGCGUACUAAUUGGAUACGGAAUAACUGGAAUUUGUCUACUCAUGUAUGCUCAGGGCAUAACGGCUGGCUAAGCCCUCGCUCAGGAUGCCGAGACGAGGCGGCCGCCGCACCGGUACAGCCGGCAGAAGCAGAGCACGUCGAGCCAACCGGCACCACCACCAUCGGACUGUCCGUCACCACCACCACCGCAGCCACUUCAGUCAUGCCCACCGCAGCCACUUCAGUCAUGCCCACCGCAACCAUCGCACCCGUCUGCACUUUGGCCAUGGACGUGCGCGCAGGGGAGGCGGUGCCGGUAACGGGGUGGUUGUUGUGGGAAACGGGCCCAAUCCAUGCGGCAUAGUAGCUAUGAGUUUCGGUUUCUUCUUCCUCUUCAUUAGUUCUAUAUUACUCGGUUUGGGCGUCUCUCAAUCGAUCACGGGAAUGGCUGUAGCUGGCGGUGUAAUCCUUUCCUUCGCCGUGAUGCUGUGCUGUGGAGGAGUGUUCGCGUGUGCAAGCGGCGGGCGCAGCGGGCCACAGGUGGGUGACAUCGAGCAAGGCCGUGGCAGUAUCGGUUCCACCGCCACCACCGUCACGCAGCCCAUGCCUGACCCGAGCGCACCACUCGAUCAGCAGUACCCGGCACUGGCCGGUGGAGCUGAUUCGGUGAGCGCAGUAGCUCCUCCACCGCAAGCGGGCAUUCCCGUAGGCCAGCCGUACAAUCCCGGAUUUUCCGCCGCCGCUCCGCCUGUCUAUCCUGCAGCGCAGCCCGCUGGAGCUGCGCCGUACACGGCGUAUCCGGUUGCACUGCACGCACAGCCACCGUACCCCACUGGCGCCGUGCCUGCUGCAGCAGCUACGGCGUAUCCACCCGGAGUUGCGGUUCCAAUGCAAACGAUAGGAAACGUGCAGCCCUACGCUGGUGGCGUUGCCGGCAGUGCUGCUGUACCAGCGUCUGAUGAUGUAGGCGGUGGCCUGCCCAGCUACGACGAUGUCGUUGGCAAAGGCAUUGCCUGAGCAGCGUAUCUGCGAUCGGUGUGUUUGCUCAGCACAAUGUACUCUGCACGGCUCGGUGUCUGCCAAUGAACUCGGCGACGAGGUUCCUUGUUGCAGUGCCAUGCAGCCUGCUGCUUCCUGAGACUGUGCGUGUCAAUGCGCAUCUGAUCUGCGUGCGUCCCUACUCCAUUGGAAUCCC